AUGCUGAGUGAUGAAGAUAAUUGUAUAAAGUUGAAAAGUGAUCACUUGCCCUCUGUGCAAUGGUAUAAGCUGGUCACACAUGAAGAUGAAAAGACCAAGCUGUUUUUUAAAAGACGUGUUAUGCUGUUUGCAGUCGUGGUAUGCUUCCUUUAUAUCCUCAAGUUAAGUUUUGGCCCUGAAGAAUGUGACAUGAAGAAAAUGCACUAUGUGGACCCUGAACAUGUAAAGAGAGCACAAAAAUAUGCCAAACUCAUACAGCAAGGAGAAUGUCGACCUUCUUUUGUGAAGAAGGAGAUGAACAGAUUAUUUGCUGAAAAGUACAGGGCGAACAUAUUUCCCUUUGUAAGAGAAGAUAUAUAUGGACAUGAAGAUGUGUUUAAAUACAAACCUCCGUUUGGAUUUCACAAGAACUCUCGUAAACUUCAGAACCUCUUAAAACUCUUACCUGAGCAUGACUUGCCAGAGAACUUGAAAUCAAAACACUGUAAGCGUUGUGUUGUUGUAGGAAGUGGUGGAAUACUUCAUGGAUUGGAGCUAGGCCAUGUGCUGAAUGAAUUUGAUAUUGUUAUAAGGUUAAAUAUGCACCGUUCAGGGUCACAGAUCUGUUCUGGGGAGGGAUGUUGUAUGGUAAAUGUUUAUUUUUCUUUUCAGAAUGUUCCCACAAUUGGGGUCACUGCAGUUGUUCUGGCCACACAUUUAUGUGAUGAAGUGAGUUUAGCAGGAUUUGGAUAUGACCUCCGUCAACCCAACACACCUUUGCACUACUAUGACAAUCUCUGCAUGGCUGCAAUGGAAGGACAAACUAUGCAUAAUGUGACAACUGAAACAAAAUUCCUACAAAAACUGAUCAAAGAAGGGAUUGUGAAAGAUCUCAGUGGAGGAAUACAGUGUGAAUUCUGCAAAAAACCAAGCUAAUGACUGGAAUUGAGAGCACAGACUGGAUUAGAGGUUCCUGCAGCCUUGCUAGCAAUGGCCCUUUCAGUGCUCUCAUCCCACAAAGACUUUGAAGAAUCUCUCUUCUUCGUAUUUCUGUUGCUUUUUAAUGUCAAGUUGAAUUCGUUGUAUUUUUUUAUUUAUUUUGAGUCCAGGUUUUUACCUUGCACACUUUUGUGGAUAAUUAUCAAUACAGUUUUGAGUUUAGAGAGAUUAAUUUAAAAUAUGUCAUGUUUUAAGCUAUCUGAAGGAAAACAAAAUGUAUGGGUUUUAUACGUGAAGGGCACUCACGAACCUAGGUGUGUGUUGCCUAAUCUGGGGAGAGAAGAAUUGUUCCCACUGCAGUGGUGUUGCCUUUGUGGGUCCAUUUGUCAGUAUGUAAUUCCUCUGCAUACAAAGAAAAGCAAAUUUGUGUGUUUCUAAGUGAAUUUGCUUUGUUGCUUGCAGGUUCACUAGUCUUUGUGGUAGAUCAUCCACUUGUAUAACCUUCAACAGAUAUUUAGGCUACUCCCUUUCUGUGCUGAUACCUAUUUUGGGGUGAAGGGGCAGGGAGCAGGAAAGGGGAAAACUGAUGUGGCAGUGGAGCUGAACAGUAAGUUCAUUAAUGCCACAUCUAAUCAUGCCUGGUAUUUAAAUCAUUGACCAGUGUGAAUGCUUUAGGAUUAGAACGCUGGCUACUUAAACACUUGACACAUUUGGGCCUGACCAUGUUAUAACUAGAUUAGCCUACAGUAAAUAUCUAACCUGAGCCCAAACUCUUGUCUUUCCCAUUCCUGGCUCCAAAACACCUGGUCAUAAUGUGAUUGGGUCAUAAAAAAGUUUAAGCGUCACUGUUACAGGAACAGCAUCAACAUGAAUUCCAAUCCUUUUUAGGGAGGGAGUUAAAAAGUAUGUUUAGGGCUACACUGUCCCUUUUGCUAUUUUAUAAAAAGGUUUUAGUCCUUGCUGCUGAGUGAAAGACCCACAAACAAAAUGGAAACUUACUAUGUAGUAGUCAAAGUGAAAUUUACUACAGACAAAGUACAAGAAGGGAAAGAUUUUACUUAAUCUCCUUCAUGGUACAGUAAGUAUUAACUUGCAACAGUACUAUGUAAAAUAAAGAUUCAGACUCAAAUAUAGUUUAAGUUGAUAGUGGCCCUUUUAUCUUGUGAAUAUGGUGUAUGCUUCUUAAUUGGAAGGGUGAGAGUGAAAUUGUUUGCUUUGCAGACCAGCUAAUAAACUGGCAAUUCUGUGUGCACAAAUAACUUAUGAAGAAGAAUUUGCCUUUGAGGAAGUAGUAGGAUCUGCUAGCGUUGUACAAUGUCUUCUAAGUGCAGAUUGCUUUUAAAAAUUCCUGUAUAAAUGUACUUUCUAGUGACCAGAAAUCAAUGCAAUUGAAAGGAAGCAGGAUUGCAGAUUUGUGUUUCGUUUUAUUUUUCAAAUAACACAGUGUGGUUACUGGAUUGCUUGCUUUUGAGUACUGUCUGUUACUCAGAGCGAGUGAAAAAUGCUGUAUUUGAAUGUGAAAUGGUAUCAGAAAGUUAAUAGACGUGAACAGAUGAAAUAUAAUUAUAUGAAUUACAGGAAUCACUUUGACUUUCCAGGUGACAAACCUUCCUAUUAGUUCCUUAUCAUAUGGUAAGAUACACUGGGCAUAUUUUUAAAAUUAGCAUCAGGUUAAAUUGCAUCAAGAAAAUAGGAUGUGGGAAUGGAAUAUAGUAUUCAUACUUGCCAUGAAGAGGAGGUCUAACGGAUGAUUGUGUAUGAACGCAGAAGUUGCACUGGCUAUGGUUGUGAGACAAUAAAACAGUGCCAGUUUACAAAGUGUAACACUGAAGAUCUUUCCUAAGCACCCACACAUCCCCUAAAGUGAAUGAUUAGAAAUCACGCUCUGUGUGUUCAGGGCUCCAUUUGUGCAACAGCAAUAAUAUUAACCUAGCUUCCUCCUCGUAACUUGGAACAGACUAAUUUUUGUAACAGCAAUAAAUUUCUAGUCCAUGUCUUUUGUAUGCUUUUAAGUAUAGAUCAAAGUGUUUACUUGAAAAAUUACUGAUAUAUAAGGAGUUUUUACAGAUAGUGUUUAGUUUAAUAUAACAUGUUGAUUAUCAUCCCCUUAUAGUUAAGAUGAAAGCAAGCUACCUUAACUCCAUUCAAUAUUACUGAAAUAUGAAAGAGUUUGGGAAAGUUCAAAUGUGCAUAUGGACAGUAGUACACUGAAGUCUUUCAAAGUGCUGUGGCACAAACGUUUUGUUGUGCAUCAACUGUUAGUUAGUUCACCAGGACUUCACACUGUUAUGACUUAAGAAUAUGAAAAUGUGAACUUAAUAGAAUGAAAGUAUUAUUAAAGCAAUCAGUAACGUCCUUUUGAGGUUUUCCAUUGAUCAUCAGCUCUACAAGAUGCUUUCAUGUGGCUUAAACUGUAGUCCAACCAACUUUGUCAGUUGUGCUAAAACUUUUUUUCUCUGUAGUAGUAAAUAUGUGGAAUAUUCCUAUGUGGACUUGACCAUUACUGAAACAACAAUGGCAUUCAGGCUGUGAAAAGCAAUAAACAGAUGGAACCACUUUCUAUUUAUGUAGUUUCACAGGCCACAACAUAUAAUUCUUACUGAAAAAUACAGAAUAUAUAGCUCGAGAGUUCACUGGUCCAGUUUAAUCGUUGACAUUAUAUCCCAUGCCAUCUAGAAAGAGGAGACCUUGUGGAAUAGUGCCUCAUUUCCUUUCACUUAUGCCAGUUUAUUUUCAUGAGUUAUUUUUGGGUCUCCUUGGUGUACAUGAGAAUUGGUCCCCUACUCACAGCCAGCUUCUUGAGGCUAAUGUAGAUGAGAAUAUAUUUGUUUUCCUUACAGCAUUGUCCUUAGUGUUAUAAAUGUGUUUACAUUAAAAGUACUUGUAGUGAGAUUUAAAGAAUUUGUGAGUGAAGAUAAAGAAACCUCAUAUUAGAAUUUGCCUUUUAUAAUAGCGUUGUAGGUGGGAGGAGGCACAGAUACAUAUUCAGUAUCCGUGCAGUCGGUAUGCUUUUUUCAUUGUUACUGGAUGUGUUUUUACUUUGGUGUCUAGAACUUUGUUAAUUUUUCAACUUUGAAUGGUGGUAGGUUGUUACCGUGCAGCAUCUGUCACCUGAAAAAGGCAAAACAUGAUAUACGAGAUGAUUUGUUCAAUCUUAAAGUAUUUAGACUUGUAAUAUACUCUAAACUACUUUUUAAAAGAGGGCACUAGUUUGCCCAUUUAAAAAUAUAUUUUAUUAAAAAAAUCUUCAAAGUAAUUCUGAGUUUAGUUCAUAUUUGGGGGAUUAUUUAGAAGAUAGCACAAGAGACACACCUAGGAACAGCUCAGUUAUUUUGGCUUGAAAGAGGUUGCCCAUUCUAAUUUGCUUUCACAGAUUUUCACAAUUUUGUGUAUGCAGAGUAUCGAUUUCAUUGCUGUGUAUGUACAGGAAUCGUGCAUGUAA